AUGUAUGCCAUCCGUGGUGAGGGCUCUGAUCCAAUGACGUAUCAUUUUGAGCUGAAUGCAAAAGGAGAAGAAGGUGAACUAGACACCUCAACCAUGUCAACAGAUGCUGCAAAUUGGCAAAAAGAAGAACAGGUCACUACAAAACCUACUGAAGGACCCAUUUCAAGUGAAAAUUCUGAACAAAAUAAACCCGUUGAGACGGAAGAGAAAAUGGUUACAUUGGCUGAGACUUUGAACGAAGAAAUUUUCGAUUCUGUUGAUCAAGAAGUAUCAAAGGGAGACGAGUUUUUGAUUCCAGAAAACGAGCAUUUGGAAAUGGAUCAAUCGACGGAAGAAAUCCCGGAAUUGAAUGAUGCUGUCAGCAAAGAAAACACGAACAUUGAUGAGGAGUUGAAAGAAGGCAUAACAAAAGAUGCGGACGAAAGUGCUGCCCGAUCGUUUUGGGUUCGCAAUCUGCCGGGAGGAACAAAAGCCGCAGAACUGAAAGCUCUAUUUUCUACAAUCGGAAAGGUCGAGCGCGCAAAAAUAUUCACUUCAAAGAAGGUCGUCAACAACGCGAACGCUUUUGGAUUCGUGACAAUGACUGAGAAGAACGACCUUGAAUUGGCGAUUGAGACACUGAAUCGAAAGGAAUUCAAGGGUCGCGUUCUCACUCUCGAAAGGGCGGAUAAAAGUCGACUUCCAACGGCGAAGGCAAAUGCUCCAACUUCGACGUCGAUCUCACCGAGCACCGACCCCAAGGGAAAGAAGAGGGCUGGAGAUGAGAAACGCCAAAUUGUGUCAAGCAACCCAGAGGCGAAUAAGUCUCGAGAGAGGACUACAAGGGAGAAACAUGAGAUCAGAGGAAAUGGGUCACGUCAUAAAGAACCUGAGCGACGACGAACUGAAAUCCGAAGCUUGCCACAUCGCCCAAGAGUUUUUGCUGAUCGGGAUCGCGCUUUCAAUGAUCGACGCCGCCAUGUUGCACCAGCCACAAAUUCUCGGGAUCGUCCACUAUUGCGAGGUUAUGCACCACAAGGCCAUCGAGGCAAUCGACCGACUCGAGGAUUCCGAGGAGGUUUUGGUCGCGCCGUUUCUUCACGUGCGAUUUCGCAACGAGUGUCAUAUCCUGAGAGAGAAUCGGCUAAUACUUCAUCAAGGUUCGGCUCUCGUCAAUCAUCAUCGAGUUUGCGAGCGAAUGAUGGCAUUUCGUCUCGACAACUAGAGGAAUUGCUUCGUCUCAAAGAGCAAGAAAGUGAACGGAAAGUACGCGAGAUGCAGCUCACAAUGGAGCGGGAACGGAUUCGCUACGAGAAGGAGAAACUCGAAAGAAAGCGUCUUCAGCUGCAAUUAAUGGCAUCACAAACUGGCAGUAGCUACGGUGGAGGCAUUGCGCCAUCAGAAUCUUCAAGUUCUAGAUCAUCGCGAGAUCACCGCGGAACUGUUUCCAGGAUUUCAAAAGAUCGACAUUCAGCAGGAGGAAACUCUCGCGAUUCGGGACGCCAUUCUACUCGCAAUGACUCUCAUAGUCGAGAAUCUUCACGUCAUCACGUCUCUUCUCGACAUGAACGCGCGGAACCAAGAUCGCGCCCUGAAACAUCGCGUGAUCGUCGCGAUUCCCAUCAUUCUGAUCGACGCGAUGCACCAAGGUAUGGGAGCACUUCUUAUACACACUCUUCUGGCGGUGGACGCGUUUAUGAAUCCUCUCAAGGAUCUUCUCGCGAUUAUCAUGGAGCUGGUGUUUCGAGCACGGGUUACUCAACAGCAACGUUGCCAGCCAUCAGUGGUUAUCCUGCCCGUAACAUCUCUCUUCCAACCUUUGAUACAUCUGGAUUUACUGCCGGGGCGACCAGUGGUUUUGCUUGGCCCACGCUUUCCAAUCCAACGAUUCAAUCGCGAACAACUUUCAAGAACUCUGAUUACACAUUUGCUGGCUCAUCGGACUUGUCUGGAGGACGUCAUUACGAUUACACCCGCCGUUAU